AUUAGUGCAAAAAAUUAAAAAAUAUUGCAUAAAAAGUGUUGCAAAACUACAUGGACAUAUUAACUACUAUAAGUGCUAUAUUAUUUAUGAUCGCUAAAGUGUUUGCGACUUGCUCAUGCCGGAUGGGAAAGUCGCAGAAGAGACUGUUUUAAUAAAAAACAAUAUGGCUGCCUUUUGUUAAACUUAUUUGACAUUUGCUGUGAUUUUGUUUAAUAUCGGAAAAAAAAUUCAUAGAAAAUACACAAAAUAAGUGCAAAAAUUAAAAAAAAACAAAUAUUACAAAAACAAAAAGACUUAACAAAAUAACAUGGACAAAUUAACCACUAUAAGUGCCACUUUAUUUAUGGCCGCCGAUGUAUUUGCCAUUGUCAGUUUGGCCAUGCCCGAUUGGAUAGUCACCGAGGAGGCGGGUGACAUACGCCUUGGCCUCAUGUGGACUUGCAUGACCCUUUACAAUCGUCCCCAAGUGUGCUAUACUCCUGAGCUACAACCUGAAUGGUUAAUUGCUCUUGUUUGCAUUUUCAUUGGCUGCAUUUGUAUCACCACUACAGUUAUACUAUUGGCCUCUAGCACCUGGGAUCGUAAUGUUAUACCUUAUGCCCGCUGGGUAGGUUUUACCGCUAUGGUAUUAUUUUGUCUAGCGGCAGUGGUUUUUCCACUAGGAUUUCACAUCGAGGAGAUAGGUGGACAGGCCUAUCAAUUACCCAAUACCUAUAAAAUAGGUAUUUCAUAUAUAUUAUUUGUUUUGGCUUUAUGGAUUACUGUCGUUUCGGAAUUAUUUGCUGGAAAAGUUUGUUUACCUCAUUUUUAAAGGAGUAAAUGGCGUAACAACAGGUAAAUGUUUUUUUUUUUUGUAUUUUUAAGUAUAGAGACUGGAUAUGUAGUUGUCUUUCUUUGGAAAGCUAAAGAAAGUUAUAAUAUAGUAUUUAAGAUUAGUACAGUAAGUUUAUACAUAUAUAUUCUUCCUUUUUGACCCAAUAUAAACCUUCUAGUCCCAAAGAAAUCUCUUUUUUUAGGUUAAUUAAGUUUUUUAUGUUUUUUUUUAUAAAUUUUUUUUACAAAAAUUUUCGAAUAUAAAAAUUUUCAACAAAUUAAGGAGAACUCUAUUACAAAAUAAUCUAUUUAAUGAAAUCGUAAAACGACAAACGUUCAAACUUGAAUAUGUUUUUGAAAAAGAUGAAACUUUAAUCGAUUUGGGGGUAGAUAAACUUUCUAUUGUGAAUUCUUCUUUUCGCUUUAAAACUAAGCGGUAGACAUUUAUAAUCAUUUCCACAUAGAGGCAUUGUUUUUAUUGUUUUCUCUCUUCAGGUUUAUUUGAUUUUUUUAUGUGAUUUUCUUUUUGUCCUUUUGGUCAUAACUAAGAACUCCAGUGAAUAUAGAACAAAUUAGUCUAUAUACUCAAACAAAUUUUCUUUAAAAACUGUGAAUAUAUUUUGGUCUUAACUGGAAACUUCAGUAAAAAUAGAACAAAUUUUAGUUUAUACUCUUU